AUGAGGUUCUCCAACCAGCUUCUUGGAGGCACUGCCUUCGCCCUGCUCGCAGGGCUAGGGUCCUGUUUUGCGCCAGGAUUCGUGACUCUGAACCAAGACCUGGAGAUGGCUCAAUUGAUGGGCAUGGAUAUCGAGGCCGUCAUGGCCGAUCCCAGUAUGGUCAGGACUGAAAAUAUUGACAUCGAGUCCAGGCCAGAGCCUGAAUCGGUUGAGCUGCCUAUCGACCACAAGAACCCCGGUGCAAAGUACAAGAACCGUUUCUGGAUCAAUGAUUCCCACUACAAAUCCGGAGGCCCGGUUUUCGUCUUUGACGGCGGCGAGGCUAACGCUCAACGUUAUGCCGAUUACUACCUUGUGAACGAGACCUCCUUUUUUGUUCACUUGCUUGAGGAGUUCAAGGGUAUGGGUAUUGUCUGGGAGCACCGAUACUACGGCGAAUCCCUCCCAUUCCCCGUCAACCUCGAUACACCAGCCGAGCAUUUCCAGUACCUCAACAACGAGCAAGCUUUGGCCGAUAUCCCCUACUUUGCUGAAAGAUUCAAGCGGGAGAACUUCCCCAACGACGACCUAACACCGAAGUCGACCCCAUGGGUCAUGCUUGGUGGCUCAUACCCAGGCAUGCGUGCAGCUUUCACAAGGGACAAGUACCCUGAGACUAUCUUCGCUGCCUUUGCCGCCUCCGCACCAGUUCAAGCGCAAAUCGAUAUGAGUGUGUACUAUGAGCAGGUGUAUAGAGGAUUGGUGGCAUACGGUUACAAAAACUGCACCAAGGACGUCCGCGCCGCAUACAAGUAUAUUGAUGCGCAACUCCGCCACCGUGAAAGCGCAGCCCGCAUCAAGAAACUCUUCUUCGGCGAAACCGCCGAACAGAACAACAACGGUGAUUUUACCCAGGCUUUGAUCUGGAACUGGGCUACAUGGCAGAGUGCUGGACCAAACGGCCCAGUUGGGCAGUUCUGUGACUGGCUCGAAACCGACCCGGAGACUGGAAAGACAGCUCCUGCUGAGGGCUGGGCGCCAACCAAAGGUGGAAAAGCAAUGGCCGAACGAUUUGCCGCAUGGCCUCCUCUUGUGCCUUCCAUCAACCCCUACUUUGGGACAAACUGCAAAGGCCAAAACCCGAACAAACCAACCUCCUGCAACCUUGGAAUGAGAAAUGCGGACCCAACCCUGAUCAGCUGGACAUGGCAAUACUGCAGCGAAUGGGGCUACUACCAGUACCAGAACUACCGUGGCCACGAAAUCCUCUCGGAUUAUCAAACCGAUUUCUAUUACCAGAAGUACCUAUGCUACCGCCAGUUCCCCGAUGGUCUCAAGAGCGGCCAUUUCCCGCUGCGUCCCAGAACCCACAAAGUGAACAGGGACACCGGUGGCUGGCAUAUGCGUCCCUCCAACACCUACUGGAGCGGUGGACAAUGGGACCCAUGGCGGUCGCUCUCUCCUCUCUCAACCGAGAGUUUCGCACCGCGCGUCAAGGUCACCACCGAAAUUCCUAAGUGCAAUGUGCCAACACCACGAUGGAAGCUCUUUGGCUACACGAUCCCGAACGCACAACAUGUCUAUGACUUCAGAUCCGCAUUCAAGCCAGGACAAGUGUCGAGAGACUUGUGGAGGGCUGCUUUGCAUGAAUGGCUUCCUUGCUUCAAGAAGCGGGACUAA